AUGACGGAGGACGGUGUGUUCUGUUCUAAUGAAAUAUCGAUCGUCGCCGCAUCCAGUGCCACUUUCAUCGCCGUGUUGGGAACAAUGGGAAAUGUUACGACCCUGCUGGCACUCGGGCGUCAUCAACCCGUCCGUAAUCGGCGGCGUCAACCAACAACAGCUUUCGUCCUUUCGCUGGCCACUGCUGAUCUACUAUUCUGCAUUGCCGUCAUGCCGCUAAUGGCCUUACGGUACGGCCGCAGACAGUGGCCGUUUUUAGCAAGCGCUGCUGGCGAGAGUUUCUGGUGUCGGUUGUUUCCGGUGGCCCUGUAUGGCACGGUGGCCACUUCCGUGCUCAGUCUCGUGGCCCUAACCGUGAAUCGCUAUAUUCUGAUCGUCCAUCCCAGUUGGUACAGUGCUGUGUACAGAAGAUCUGGAAUGCUAUCAUUGCAACUGGCAAUUUGUUGGGCUAUACCGUACGGGUUGAUGGCAUUACCACUGUUUGAAAUAUGGGGACGGCUUGGAUACGACCAUCGCACAUUCUCUUGCACCGUACUGCCUUCGAUCGUAUCUGCCAGCUUCUUCACGAACCAUUUCUCAGCCAGUCCAAAGAAAUUCAUAUUUAUUGUUGGCUUUGCUCUACCAUUCUGUGCGAUCGUACUCUGUUACACUGCUAUCAUUGAAACUGUAAGAAGACAGCGUCGCAAUUUGCAACAGCAUGCGGUAAAACAGAUAGUCGCUUCAGCAUCACCAAGUAGCAUAACCACCAGCAGCGAUGACGACGAGCGGCAUCUGACUCGUACUACGGCGGCAAUAUUCGGAUGUUUUCUGUUGUGCUUUCUGCCACUCACUAUCGCCAAUGUUCUCCUGGAAGAUAAAGAUUCCGGCAGGGCUGGAGGGGAUCUUCACGUGCUGGCAUCAAUCCUCACCUGGCAUUCUGCAGUUCUCAAUCCUUUCAUUUACGCCCUUGGAAGUCGUCAAUACAGGAACGCAUACUGGUCUGUCCUUCGAUGCAAGUGUAGCAAUAGUGAAGAAAACCGUCGGAUUACGUUACGAAGUCAUCGUGCAACAAUGUCCCCAAGCGUCACCAAAGCAAAGUUUCAUAUUCCAAAUUCAGAUAACGCCGGAAGCAUUUCGCAAACCAAUUCUGAAGUCUAAAAUAAUUAAUACAAUUGAGUAAAUUGAAGCCUUAACUAAGAUACAAUUUUUCACACUGUCUGAUAACUAUGAAAAUUCUACGACUAUGAAUAACUACGAAAAUUAGAAUUUGUUAAAUCAUUGUUGCAAAUUGUACGAAAAAGACAUCAAACAUGUUUGAGAAUGACAUCAACGACAAUUUGAACAUUAUAUGAACAAAAAAAUGGUGCCUGAGAGUCUAAAUUAUAAACCCAAGCGACGUCUACUUUUUUCUUAUAUUUGACGGUAGUUAAAAUUUAGAAGCAAUACAAUUCAUCAUGCAAAAAAAUGAUAGUAAUUGGCAGACCAAAGAUAACAUGUAGCAUAUCGAG